AUGAAAAAAAGCAACUCGCCUCUCCACUUUAGCUUUCAGCUCAUCACAGGAGUAAUUCCAUCGGGAUGGAAAGGAAACAAAUCAAUAAUUCUUCUUGGGACUGGAGGAGGAGGCAAAACGACACUACAUCGGCAAAUAUAUCACUUGAAAAAUCAAGAAUUAAAUACAAAGGAAAGACAUAAAUAUGCAGAGACAAUACAAUUCUCUGUAUUCAACAAUUUAAAAACAAUAACAGAACAUCCAUCAGUUUCAACCAAAUUGAGCUCGGAAUUGUCCGAAAUCGCCUCGGAAUUAGCAUCCUUGGUCGAUCAAUACGUAGAUAGUAGAUUUGAGCAUUCGUAUCGAGUAAAGCUCAUCAACCAGGGUCAUACCUUUCAAAAACUCGUAGAGAACAUCCAUGUGAGAGAGAUGAUUGAGUCUUUAGAGUUAUAUCCACAACUUCAUUUAAAUGGAGACUACAAGUAUUUCUUUAAGAAUUAUACGAGAAUUGUUUCAAGGGAAUAUCAGCCAACCUUUGAAGAUGUUAAAAGAAUGCAACUCAAAACAGUUGGUGUCAUUAGAGGAGAAGAAGUGGAAUUUGAAAAUUACAAAAUUACCAUAACUGACACAGGAGGCCAACGAAACGAAAGAAAAAAGUGGGCAAAAGCUCUCUCGCAACGAACCGAUGCAAUUUUGUUUAUUGUUUCAUUGAGAGAACCAUUUCAAAUGUGCUAUGAAGACAAUGAGUUGAAUAGAUCUAAGGAAACUAUACAGUGUUUUCAAGAGUUGUUGAGGUCUGAGUAUGUCAAUAAUUGUCCAAUUUUUGUGUUGUUUACAAAGGCAGAUCAAUUGGAAGAAGUGUUGAAGAAACAAAAGGUUUCAUUUAAUUCAAUUUUUCCAGAAUAUAAAGGAGACAAUCAUUCUUUAGAACAAAUUAAGGAAUUCAUGCAAGAAAAAUAUCAAUCUCUUGAUUCAAACAAAAAGGUCAAGGGCUAUUUUUUCAUAAACACAUUAAACAACAAGGAUGUGACUGACACCUUACGAAAAGUACUGGAAUUCAAACAGUAA